AUGUCGACUUCCGGACCUCUGACAGGAUACUACGUUGACUCUCUUCUUCUGUCGGAAAGCGAGGAAUCCCAUUUUUCCUCUGGACCGGAGCUUUUGCAGCACGCGAGACAGUCAGGUUUACAAGCUGAGCAUAAUGGCUUAGGGAACUGCAUAUUUCCUUCAAAACAGCCGGUGUACAGCAGUACAGGAUGGGGUCACAUUCCAACAACACUGACUAGCAGUGUAAAUCCCUUAUAUAACGCACAUACACAGCCACAUCUUUCAUUAGUUGGAGACUUCGUACAGUCGUGGCUAUUGGACACAAAUGUUCCUCUAACCGAACUAUCAACGGUACAUCACCAGCUGCCCGCCAAAACGGAGGUUCUUGGAACAAACAGCCACAGUCUUUCCACUCCCCAGUUAUUGGAAAUUCAACAAGACUUUCCAAAUGUAUCAUGUAUUAAGAAUACAGACGUGCUCUCGCUCCGGUCUACAGACGCAGAAAGGCAGAGCGAAGAGAAGACAGCCAGUGAUUCAAACAAUCCGGUGUCCAACUGGCUUCACGCGAGCUCCACACGCAAAAAACGCUGCCCCUACACUAAGCACCAGCUCCUUGAGCUGGAGAAAGAGUUUCUGUUUAACAUGUACCUUACGCGCGACCGCAGAUACGAAGUCGCGCGUCUUCUUAAUCUCACCGAGAGACAGGUAAAAAUCUGGUUUCAAAACCGCAGGAUGAAGAUGAAAAAAAUGAACAAAAACAGCACAAAAGAUGAAUGAACAGAACAUUUUGUUAGUAAAUCAAUCUUAAAC